GCAGUAACCCACUGUGUCACAACAAACCCUCGCGGACGCCGCCCCGUGCAGCCUGUGCUGCUGCUGGUGGCCUGUGUUACCUCGCGCCGCCAGGUGACAGAAACUCGGUUUCAACGUCGACAUGGCUGCGGAGAUCCAACCUCGCGCCCAGGCGCGAAAGCCAGUUCUGCUAAGCAAGAUUGAAACGUCGCAGGAGCUCGUGAUCACGGCGGUCAUCAUUCCGAAAGAGGACGGGGUGAUCAGCGUCUCUGACGACAGGACCAUCCGCGUCUGGCUGAAGAGAGACAGCGGUCAAUACUGGCCCAGCGUGUACCACAGCAUGCCUGCGACUUGUUCUUGUAUGUCGUUUAACCCGGAGACGCGGCGUCUGUCGGUUGGGAUGGACAACGGAGUCGUGUUGGAUUUCAUUGUUUCAGAGGACUAUAACAAGAUGACCCCUGCACACACAUACCAGGCCCAUGGCUCGCGCGUGACGGCGGUCCUCUUCGUGCUGGAGAUGGAGUGGCUGCUGACCGCAGCGCAGGACAGAGGGUUCUGCUGGCACUGCACCGAGAGCGGCCACCUGCUGGGCACGCACAGAACUGCGGCCUACGUCACCGGACUACAGUUUGAUGUGGAAACGCGUCACGUGUUUGUGGGCGAUCAGUCGGGACAGGUGACCAUCCUGAAGCUGGAACAGGACACCUGCAGCCUCGUCACCACCUUUAAAGGACACACAGGCAGCGUGACGGCUCUGUGCUGGGACGCUAUGCAGCGGGUGCUGUUCUCGGGGAGCUCCGAUCACUCCAUCAUCAUGUGGGACAUCGGAGGACGCAAGGGCACCGCCAUCGAGCUGCAGGGACACAAUGAUAAGGUGCAGGGUCUAUGCUAUGCUCCACACACACGGCAGCUCAUCUCCUGUGGAUCUGAUGGAGGCAUCGUCAUCUGGGACAUGGAGGUGGACCGACAAGAGACUCCUGAGUGGUUGGACAGUGACUCGUGUCAGAAGUGUGAGCAGCCUUUCUUCUGGAACUUCAAACAGAUGUGGGACAGCAAGAAGAUCGGCCUCAGACAGCAUCACUGCAGGCGUUGUGGUCAAGCGGUGUGUGGUAAAUGCUCUUCUCGGCGGUCCACCAUUCCACUCAUGGGCUUUGAGUUCCCUGUGAGGGUGUGUGACAGUUGCUAUGAAUCCAUCACAGAACAGGAGCGGGCCCCCACGGCCACAUUCCAUGACAGCAAGCACGGGAUCGUCCACAUGCACUAUGAGCCAACACGCAGCUGGCUCCUCACCUCUGGCAUCGACAGAGUCAUCAAGCUAUGGGACAUGUCUCCAGUGGUGUCCUGAGUUGUGGGGUGAUGGGGGUCACUACGAGUAACAGGGACCUUCUGCACAAGGCAGCUGUUUCUAUGGCAACAGUGGACCUGAAGGAAGCAGAGUUGGAGGGACUGUGACAUCAUCAUCUGGACAAACACAAACACACACACACAUAAACACAUACAAAUACACACACACACACACACACACAAACACACACACAUACAAAUACACACACACACGACCUGGAGUAUCACUGGAAAGACUCUCUGACAUUAGUGGCCUUCAAAAUGGUCACACACACACAUCUUGUGUGUGAGUGUGUUUUGCAUGUUUAACAUUUGUUGUGUGUUUGCAUAAUGUUUAACUCUGGUGUGUGUGUGUGUGUGUGUCUGCUCCUGAUUGAGUGUAAAAUUGUGUAACUUCUUCCUGUGAGUCUCUUUGGACCAGAAGUUCAUUAAAAACUUUUGCCUGUUCGA